CAAGAAGCGCACUUUGAUUGCAAGUGCCGCCCGCUUGUGCCGCCGCUUCUGCGAUAUAGAUUCCGAUUUUGCCUUCAGUCUCCAGCCGACUUCCUCCACGUGCGGUUCUCAGUCGUCAGUCGCCAGUCGCCAAUUGCCAGUCGCAAAUCGCCAGUCGCAUAUCGCCAGAGUUCGUAGAAUUAGAAUUCGUUGUCGCGCUUGCAGUUCGCAGUUUGCAGUUCGCAGUUUGCUGUUCCGCUCAGCUUCUCUCAGCCGGCAGUUAUCCUUUCGUCAGCAACUCCAGAAAACAGGUCCUUUCGCCUUUCAGUUGCGCGCGCGAUUUUCUAGCCCGCGAUCUUUCGACCGAUCGAAACUGAAAUCUGUGAACGAAAAAUAAAACGGUUGAAAAGGGAGAAAACCUUUAAGUUUUGGUGGACUUUUAAGUGACGAAAGCAAAUAGAACCAAGCAAGAGUGUGUGACAAGCGCAGAAAAGCUAAAACUUUAUGCAGUUAAACAACAGCUUAACACUUAGACUCUAAAAAAGCUUCCUUUUACGUUCCGCCGACUCCUCGUCCUUCCCUUCAAUUGCCCAGAUAAUGUAAACUCAGCUUACACACAAAAAAGCAGUAAAAUAUAUAUAAAAUACAAAAAUUAACAGCUGCGUUUAUCUAUAGAUAGAUAUAUGUAUCUACACACACUCACAUCUAUAUAUUUGAAUAAGCGUCGUUCGAUUUGAAUCAAAAUUAUAGCCCAAGCUAUCAGCUACCCCCACAAGCUUUGUACUCCACAAAAACGCUAACGAACAAAAUCGAUAAAGACCAGAAAGCAACUGAAAUACCAUCAUACCAUCUGCCAUAGAUCUAUGCUAUAUACAUAUAUAGGUGCUGAUCUGUGCUCUUGAAUUUAGUGUUUUCUGUGUGUGCGUGUCGCGAGCGGAGCACUAAAAACCACCAAUAAAAACGUAUAGUAAAUCAAUAAAAAGCAAGAAAAAAUAAGAACUCUCUCUAGUCGCUAGGCUAUAACUAUACAAACUACUAUCCAGCUAUCCCAGAUCCAGAUCCAGAUCCAGAUCCGUAAACAGCAUAUAGUUAUAUAUCUAUAACCCCGAAAAACACGAUGGCCAACGUUGUCAAUAUGAACAGCCUGCUCAACGGCAAGGACUCGCGCUGGCUGCAAUUGGAGGUCUGUCGCGAGUUCCAGCGCAACAAAUGCUCGCGCCAGGACACCGAGUGCAAGUUCGCCCAUCCCCCGGCCAACGUGGAGGUCCAGAACGGCAAGGUCACCGCCUGCUACGACAGCAUCAAGGGCCGCUGUAAUCGUGAUAAACCGCCGUGCAAAUACUUUCAUCCACCACAGCAUCUGAAGGAUCAGUUAUUGAUAAAUGGACGCAAUCAUUUGGCCCUCAAGAAUGCACUGAUGCAACAGAUGGGCAUCGCGCCCGGUCAGCCGGUCAUAUCGGGCCAAGUGCCAGCCGUGGCCACAAACCCCUAUCUGACCGGCAUUCCGGCCAACUCGUACAGUCCGUACUACACAACGGGACACCUGGUGCCCACCUUGCUGGGUCCGGAUCCCGUGACCUCCCAGCUGGGACCCGUGGUGCCACAAACAGUGCAGGUGGCCCAGCAGAAAAUACCACGUUCCGACAGAUUAGAGGUGUGCCGCGAAUUCCUGCGCGGCGCCUGCAAACGGGCGGAAUCCGAGUGCCGGUUCGCCCAUCCGCAGGAGAGCGUCGCCAGGCACGACGACGGCUCGAUAACGGUUUGCAUGGACGCCGUGAAGGGCAGGUGCGCACGCGACCCCUGCCGCUACUUCCAUCCCCCCCUGCACCUACAGGCACAAUUAAAAGCGGCCCAAACACGCGCCACCGCUGUCGCUGCUGCAGCUGCGACCUCACCUCUUGCGGCACACCAUCACCAGCAACAACAACAAUUGCAACACCAGCUGAACAACAUCAACAACAACAACAACCACAGCACCGCUGGCGCAGCAGCCACCUCGACAACAGCAACAACAACCACAAACAACGCCGCUGCCGCCGCCGCCGCUGCUGCCGCCGCCGCUGCCGCCGCUGUCAUGGGCCAUCACACACUGGAAGUGGGCAAGAAGCGGGCGGCGGACACGACCGACAUGUUUCCACUGCAAUUCUCUGGCAUGGUACCGUUCAAACGUCCAGCUGCCGAAAAGUCUGGCAUUCCAGUUUAUCAGCCCGGUGCGACCGCCUAUCAGCAGCUAAUGCAGCCCUACGUGCCAGUCUCAUGUGAGUAUCCCCAACAACAACAACAACAACUACAACAACCACCACAACAACAACAUCAACAACAACAACAACAAAAUGUACUACUACAACAACAACAACUACAAUUAAGUAGCGUCAUAACAACAACAACAAGUACAACAGCAACAGCCAGUAACAAUAUGAUUAAUAAUAUUAAUAAUAAAAGUAUCAUAAACGCUGUAAUUGCUACUACCAAUAUACCAUCAUCAGCAAUAGCAACAACAACAGCAUCAUCAUCAUCACUAUCAGCGUUGGCCAUGCCAACAACAACAACAUCAACAACAACAGCCCUUACUAAUCCUAACGAUAGUGAUAACGAUUCCGAUCGCAAUCAAGACCAUGACCAAAGUCACGAUAGUGCUGCUGCUGAUGGUGACGCUGAUAAUGCCGAUCGCAACGAUGCCAUUGAUCAAGCCAGCAAUCAAGACAAUAGUGACCAAGUGAAUCUGAAUCUGAAUCAGAAUCAGAAUCAGCUUUCGAACGAAAAUUCAAGUCCCGCUAAAGAUUGUAAUACAACACAAACAAUCUCACCAAACCCCCAAGACACAGCAGCCACAGCUGCCACUGCAACAGAAACAGACACACUAGAUACAGAAUCUGCAGCAGCACUAGCAGCAGCAUCUGCCACGCCCCCCAGCGGCGACACACCGCCCCCUUGCCCCCGUUCGCCGCAAGGCGAUAGUCUUCUGCCCCUGCCCAAUGGCCAGGGCGAUAAUAACAAUUACUUGUCCUAUAUCAAUAACAAUCUGAACAAUGGCCAGCUCAAGUCGGCUAAUACCGAAGAGUUGAACGGCGGCGACUUAGAAGGUAGCAGCAAUAACGCAGCAGCGGCAGCAGCAGCAUCCGCAUCACGCAACUAUGCCAAGCAAAAUGGCGAGGGUUAUUCGAGGUAUACGGUUAAUGGUCAUAGCACUGGCAUCCUGCCAACGCCAACCACUUCUGCUCCGGCAGUUUCCUAUCAGGUCCAGGCCCAAGCCCAAGCCCAAGCUCAGGCACAGGCACAGGUUCAGGUUCAGGCCCAGGCUCAGGCCCAAGCUCUGGCUCAGCAGCGCAUCAACUACGCCAUUUCCGCCUACAACUAUGGCAACCUGUACUCCCACUACGGAGCAGCCACCUCCGCCAUGGUCAGUCUGCCCAGCAGCACUCCCACCUACGCCCAGGCUCAAAUGCAGCAGCAGCAACAGCAGCAGCAGCAGCAACAGGCCCAGGUCCAGGCCCAAGCUCAGGCCCAGGCUCAAGCCCAGGCAGCCUAUGCCCAGCAGGCGUACGCCGCCUAUGCUGCAGCAGCCGGUUUGGCGCCGCAGGCCAGCGCUGCCGGUGGCUACUACACCGAUCCGGCUGCUCUGGCCAAGGAGGUGGCCCAGAAGAACUACGCCAUGAAGGUGGCCAGUGCGGGCUCCAAGCCAGGUGUCUCCUCGGCCGCCGCCGCCUACACCGGCUUGACCCUCAACAAGAGCUAUGUGGCCGCAGCAGCUGGCGCCCAGCCCGUUCAGGCCGCCCAGCCUCAAGCCGUUUCCAUGGCCACAUUGAUGCAGAUGCAGGCGCAGGCACAAGCACAGGCUCAAGCUCAGGCUCAAGCUCAGGCUCAAGCCCAGGCUCAGGCCCAAAUGCGUCAGUUGGGCUCCCUGCCCAGUUCGGGACUAACGACUCCGGUGCCCGGCACCCCAGUGCGUGCAGCUCCAGCUGGAGCAGUUGGUGCUAGUCAGUAUCAGUCGGCUGCCUUGUUGCGAGCACCCUCACCCAUGCCAUAUGCGCAGGCACAGAGCUACUUCUAUCCCGGCAUGAUGCCCACCGCAGCCUAUGCCAUGCCACAAACUCAGGCUGCUGCUGCGCAGCAAUAUGCAGCUGCUGCAGCAGCGGCAGCAGCCGCUCAGGCGGGAACGCCAGGCAGUGCCAUGGUGCUGAAUCCCUACAAAAAGAUGAAGACCUCCUAAGAAGCAGGGCGAUAGCAAACUGAAAGUCCAAACACAACUGUACUUAAUGCACCAAGCCAUCGAACAGAUGGAAAAGUCACACCACAUUAGAUAUAUAGAUAUAGACACAUCGAAGACGUAAGAAUAUGUGCCUCAGUUUUCUUUGAAAGGACAUGCAGAGAGAAGCGUUUAGAUCUUAGUUGUACCAUAGGCCUCAUAGCGUUAGACAAACGAACCAUGACACGAUAACUAAAAUCAGACAGAAAGCGAGACAGAUCGAAGAUCGAAGCUUAUACUAACACGAAUGCCCAAAACUUGCUGACAAGAAAUCGAUAAUUUGCCAUUAAGUUAUUUGACAAACGAAACAUAACCUCACUGUGACUCAAAAGUGUUGCCAUUCUCGCAAAUGAAUCGAAAAACCGUGCUUUCAAAGCACAAGCGAACGGAAGAGAAACAGAUGUUAGAUGAUAGUAAUACUUAAGUUCCUUUUCGGAUAGCACUUAGUCAACUCUAGUUUAUAGGAAGCGGUCACACAAAACGAUUAGAUGAAAACUUACAACGGGGGCGGGUCAGAGAGAGAAACGAAGAACUGUGAUAGCGUAAAAGCUUUGAGGGAUCAAAAACAUAAAGCCAGGAAGGAGUUCAAACAAAAGGAUAAACCUCUAAUGCUGCUGCCGAUGCUGGGUACAGUUGUGUAUGCUUGUUGCUAGCUGCAGGUGCUUGAUGCCAUAUCGCCGUCCCUGUCUCCCACAUGCGGUAGUUCGAAUAGCUGUCUUUCUCUCGCCCCCGCCCAUCAUUCAUUUUUCGCGCUCUCUCUAUCUAACUCCCUAUCGCUGUUUCCUAAUGUUUCCUAACUAGCUAGAUAGCUAGCGUGAAUGCUGUUGUAAUUGUUUAAAAUUGUUGAGCAACGAUUAUCGCGUAACGAAUAUUGUCUAGUUUAUAUAGAAUACUUAUACGAUAUACAAAUACAUAUAAACCUAGCUGUGCGUGCUGUAUGCUGCUACCCAUAUUCGAUACAAUAUAUACACCCACACACUAUGUACUCUAACACACGCUCAUCCCCCACUAGUACACAAAAGAAAAAAAAAAAAACAAAAGGCAUUGAAAUGACCAGGAUCAAUCUGUAAAUCGUAUGUCUAGCUUACUAAUCAGAUAUUACAGUACAGUCACCACUCACGAUCACGUCUCUCUAUCUGUUUCACUCACACACCAAACACCCAUACACUCUUUCAGACUUCUAAGCCAGCAAAAUUAAUUUAUGUUAAUGUUAUGUUAUCGAGAUUUAAAUUUGAUGUGUUGACCAGAACUAUGUAAACCCUUUUGAUUUUCAACGACUAUAUCCAUAUCCUGAAUCCAUUCUUCAUCUGUCUUUUAACAACUAUCACCCAUUCUAUCGAUGUAUUAUAAAUGUUUUCCUUUUUGUAAUGAAAUUGUUAAGAAAAGAAUAAAAUCAUUGACAAACAGAACUAAGUUUUUAAUGUUAGAUCUCGUGUGAUUAUCAGUUUAUCGCUUUACGUUCAUUUCUAUAUAAUUUGUAUGUUGAUAUUUAUGUAUUUUUUGUACUUAUAAACCAGUUUUUAGUGUAGUUUUUAUAUAAUUUUUAACGUGUGUUCCCGAUUGCGAAAUAUUUGAGAAGAACCUCCAAAAGCAACAACAUAAAUUUGCCACUGACUUGCGCACCUUAAGUUUUAGACCCCUCCCCGCCUACACCCCCCGCACCCGCUAAAACUCCUCAUCCGAGAUCAUCCUACACACAUUACUAUUGGAUAUAUACGAUAAUCUCUGUAAAAUUGUUUUAAAUUAAAGUACUUCUAAUGUCUUAAAACGAUUUGAUGUUUGCCACUAAUUUUUAUCCUAAUUCUAAUUCUAAUCCUAAUUCUAGUUUAGUUUCGAUAGUUUUUAUUAAUGUUUUAUUUAAAAUACAGUGUGUUUUUCUAAAUAUAUAGUUUACGAAAAAACAAAAAAAAAAAAACAAAUAUAUAAAUAUCUUAUUGAGUGUUGGUAUUUUACUUUAUUUUAUUUACUUAUUCGGUAUUCACUUGAUAUAUGUUUUCCGUUGUGCCGCUUUCACAUCUCACCUCUGACUUAAACGUACUCCUUUGAUAUAUAGACAUAUCAGAUAUAUCAAAUACCGAUCCAUAAACACACAAGCUUUGCCGAGCGCUUUUGGGCAGAGCAGCACUCUAUCCCUACAAAUCUCUUAAAACCUUAUAUCUCUAAAACUUUACCCCCCUAGCUUCACAAUUUUUUUAUUUAAGAUUAAAACUAAGAUUAUUUCUUUCAUUCGCGCAUUCCACGCAAUCUUCCUCACACAGAGACACCCACAUUUAGGACUGCCUGACUCCUUAACCUUGGUCUGCUUCCCCUCUUAUUGCUUUUACUCCAAUAAAAAAACGAACUUUCUCCCUCCGUAAAUCCAUUUAACCUAUAUAUGUUUUAGCUCUUAGAAUAAUGGCAAGCAAAAUGAGUACGCUAACGGUAGAGAACUAGUUGUAAAAUCUGAAUAUACCAUUUAUCUAAAUAUACCUAUCUGCCUAUGGCCAGCAAAUGCUUGGCUUACUCUAUAUACUCGAUAAGAAAUAAGCUUACUAAACAUGGCAGCAGAAUACAAUAUCGAUUCGACGUAUACCUAUAUAUACAUAUAUAAUACUAAUAAGUAUAGCAAGCUACACCAGAUUAAAGUAUACCUAUAUUCAUCAUAUAUCUCAAUGUCUUGCCUACAAGUAUGGAAACAUUAUCUUUAUGUGUCGUAUGGUUAAUUUUUUCGUUAACAACGUAGAACUGUUGCCGUUGGCCCAUAUUUUUCAGCAAGAGAAAACUUAGCGAAAAUGUUCAGAAAACGCUCUCAAACUAGCUAAGAACUAAAGCAAAAACAAAAAAAUAUCUAAAAGUAAACCAAAACACCACUCACCACUGCAUGGCGCCAAAAUAUAACUAACUUGCAUUUAAGACCUAAGAGCUCAUAUUUUAUUCCGCUUUUUCAACCUUUGCAAUGCACCAAAAACACAGCAACAGACAAAAAAAACAGUAUGUUAACAUUACGGAGCAACAAUAUAGCAAUGAAUUGUCAGUUGACACUAGGAUAACAAUGAGUUAGGCUGAUUUUGAGUAUACAAAGGAAUAAAUGAAAUAUAACCACAUAGAAAACCACAGUCCAUUCCAAUAUAGUUAAUUGGGUUUUCAGGCCUUGUUCAAUAAAUAGAAGUACAGUACCGUCCAAUAGAAACGAUAGUUUAGUGAAAUCCACAUAGUUGCCUCCUUUUAAUUUGUAGCCUAACCACCAGAAGAAAUCUCACACUCAUUACACUGAGAGAAACCAAUUUAAAUUAGGUUUUCAUUUCGUGCUUACUACCAUCGACGAUAAGUAAGCGAAAAAGUAUGGCAAAUCGAUUGCAUGUCAAAUAAGAGAGUUGGUAACGGAGUGCAAGAAUGUCGAAGCUAAAAAUUAUUCAUAACAUUUAAAUAUAUAUAUAUGUCGAAAUAUAUAUCUAUACACACAUCUAUACACAAGCAAAGACACUACUGAAUAUGUUAUAUCUGUGCUAACAUUAGUCGUAUUAUUA